AUGCCGAAGCAAAGGGCCAUCCGAAAGACCUCGGGGCAGUGGGCCGAUCUCAAACCGCAAAUUUGUCACUUGUAUGCCACCAAGAAACUUGAAGAUGUGAUCAGCCAUUUGGGAGAGCAGCAAAAGUUUGUCGUCACACUAGGUAAAUGGGGCUGCAAAAAGUACAACAAGGGAGACGAAGAGGAAGAGGAUGGAGAUAUGGAUGGCUCGCCGGAGAGCUACGAAGAAGAUGAUGCAGAUGAUAUUACCGACAACGAGGAAUUCCCUGUGGCCGACGUCCAGGUAACCCUCGAUAUCCAAAGAGCCAACGUGCUUUGCGCCGUCUCCGACGGCGGGAGCGCCUGGAGGACAUAUUGUGCCGCAGCCGACUUUGACGACGUGAAAAGCCUGGUUGCUCUCGCCCGGUCCGCAGAGACACUAAAACAAUGCCAGAUGACCUUAGAGAUUCUUAAGCAGCGCGUCUCGCAGCCCUCCGACGCUGUUACAACUUCCUGGUGUCAUCUCCUGUACUUCCAUGUUUGCGAAGCCAUGAGCUACGGAACCGGCCAGAACGAGCUGGCAGAGAUGGAGGAGCACACCAAGGAAAGCAUCAGUGCCGUCGUUUCGUCAAUCAUUGCUGGUGAUGGCAGCCCCGACGGCAGGCCCAACUUUCUCUUCAGGGAGUCUGGAUCGCUCGACAUGAUCGCUCUCGCCAUCCUGGACUCCAUCUACGAAGAAAGAUUCCUCCUCCCCGACAACGCCGCGGAUGACCACUCCCUCGAGACUCUCCUUUGGCAAACUGAUGAAUGGGUCCUCUCAGGUGACCGCGGCCAGGCAAGCCUGUCCCCGCCCAUCCUAUUGCUGAAGCAGUGCGCGCAGUGGUGCCAGGAGCAGCUAUUCGACGUCUCGGAGAAGCUCAUCGGGAACGGCCUCGAAGGCGCCUUCAGGCCCAAUCUACGAGUCUCCGCCCGCGAGGACCAGCGGCUCUGGAGAGACCAUACCGAGGUGUUUGGCACGCUCUGGAGCCGGCUGGCGGUGCAGGGGCGGUACGAUGGCGCGAUAGGCCCCGAGUGGAGCCGGGCCUGUGUCCGGAGUCUAGGGGUCUCUUACGAGGAGCUGCUGUCGUGUAUGUGCUGGGUCAUAUUGAGGUUCGAUGCUACUAGCCGAGCCGUCUCGGGAGGCGACUUCAGCAUCUGGGGGAAAGCACGGGAAGCUGGAGGAGAUGGUGGCUGCGACGCGAGAGAGCUCUUCGAGCGGGCCGAGAUCGCGGCGCGGGGGGUCACUGGAUGGGGUUCGGGGGACCUAUGGAAGGCGUUCCUUUUCGCGUUCAGGAGCGUCAACAGCGUCACGGUCACGGAUGGGGAAAGGGGGGACGUUGAGCUGCGUGAGCAGGUUGGAGAGUUCAAGGACGCGUUGAUGACGGAGUUUAGGGCGUUUGUCGACAUGACCCUCGGGACAUUCGACGACGGAGUGGGAGAGGACGAGCUUGCUUCUGGGGCGCAGAUGAUGUUGGGGAUGGGCCCGAUUUUGCCUGACGGUCUGGGGGACGGGUAUAUCUUUUGA